GGCGGGGCCUCUGGGAGGCGUGGCCUCCGGCCGGCUCCUACGCUGCUGCCAAGGGAAACUGCCGCGAGGAGGCGGAAGGAGCCGAGGACCGGCAGCCGGCGUCGAGGCGGAGCGCGGGAACGACGGCGGCCAUGGCGGCCUCGGGGCCCGGGUAUCGCAGCUGGUGCUUGUGUCCCGAGGUGCCAUCCGCCACUUUCUUCACUGCGCUGCUCUCGCUGCUGGUUUCCGGGCCUCGCCUGUUCCUGCUGCAGCCGCCCCUGGCGCCCUCGGGCCUCACGCUGAAGUCCGAGGCCCUUCGCAACUGGCAAGUUUACAGGCUGGUAACCUACAUCUUUGUCUACGAGAAUCCCAUCUCCCUGCUCUGCGGCGCUAUCAUCAUCUGGCGCUUUGCUGGCAAUUUCGAGAGAACCGUGGGCACCGUCCGCCACUGCUUCUUCACCGUGAUCUUCGCCAUCUUCUCCGCUAUCAUCUUCCUGUCAUUCGAGGCUGUGUCAUCACUGUCAAAGCUGGGGGAAGUGGAGGAUGCCAGAGGUUUCACCCCAGUGGCCUUUGCCAUGCUGGGAGUCACCACCGUCCGUUCUCGGAUGAGGCGGGCCCUGGUGUUUGGCAUGGUUGUGCCCUCAGUCCUGGUUCCAUGGCUCCUGCUGGGCGCCUCGUGGCUCAUUCCCCAGACCUCUUUCCUCAGUAAUGUCUGCGGGCUGUCCAUUGGGCUGGCCUAUGGCCUCACCUACUGCUAUUCCAUCGACCUCUCAGAGCGAGUGGCACUGAAGCUCGAUCAGACCUUCCCCUUCAGCCUGAUGAGGAGGAUAUCCGUGUUCAAGUACGUCUCAGGGUCUUCAGCCGAAAGGAGGGCAGCCCAGAGCCGGAAGCUGAACCCGGUGCCUGGCUCCUACCCCACACAGAGCUGCCACCCUCACCUGUCCCCAAGCCACCCUGUGUCCCAGACGCAGCACGCCAGUGGUCAGAAGCUGCCCUCCUGGCCCUCCUGCACCCCCGGGCACAUGCCCACCUUGCCUCCAUACCAGCCUGCCUCCGGCCUGUGCUAUGUGCAGAACCACUUUGGUCCAAACCCCACCUCAUCCAGUGUCUACCCAGCUUCUGUGGGCACCUCCCUGGGCAUCCAGCCCCCCAUGCCUGUGAACAGCCCUGGCACGGUGUAUUCUGGGGCCUUGGGCACACCAGGGGCUGCAGGCUCCAAGGAAUCCUCCAGGGUCCCCAUGCCCUGAGGGAAUUGCUAGGGAAGUCAUCUCACUUGGUCUUCUGAAGGUCCUCCCUAAGAUUCUCCUGACAAAAGUUAUUUAUUGAACACCUCUAUGUGCCAGGCUCUGUGUUGGGGUACUUUGAUCAAUAUCCCUGUUUCAGUCUCAUCUGUACUCACGGCAGCCCUGUAGAGUACAGUGUACUGGCCCAGCUUACAGAUGCAGAAAGCAAGACGUUCUGCCAUCACAUAAAGUCACGUGGCUCUUUAGUAACACAGACAAGGCUCCUCGCCAAGGAACUCAUGGCAGAAGAGGGCAGCAGUUGGCAGUGGCUGCCGAUGUCUGUCCCCAGCCCCACUGUUCCUCCCUGUGGCUGUGCUGUGCUCGUGGUUACAGUGUCCAUGUGUCUGCCCUUCAGGAGCUCGCAGCUGGUGUGCUUGGUGGUCCCAGGCCUGUGUAGUGUCUCUCCCCUGCUGCGGGCGCCCCCACCCCGAUUCCUCUCCCCAGAAGCGGUGGGACAGGCCCCCGUGAACUGCAGCAGCAUGCUGAGGGGUCCAUGUUGUCUGCCUUUAUAUAAAGAAACAGCCUCUGA